AUGUCGAGUGAGUGGAGGCGGCAUGUGCCAAAUGUUGUGUUGGUUUCGUUUUUAUAUUUGACUGUAGUAGACGCCCGAGGUCUGUUGUUGCUGUACCGCCCUAAAGACAUAAGCAGUGAUUGUGUAUUUUCACACCAUUUGCGAUAUGACCUGUCCUUCGGCAAUGGUAUGUCGGAUACCAUCACUCUGGUUUUCAGGACUUUAAACGAGAUGGAUUACGAGUGUCUAAUUGAAAUCGUUACCGAAAAAGAGUCACUACUCGUCGUGAUAAGGUUUCCAAAUCCAAUCGGAGACAACUGUGUGAUGAAUGGAGACGCCUUCACCGUGCUCAAGAAAAACAAGUGCCUUCGCAUUUGUGACCUGGUGGGAGAGAGGGACACAAAUUCUCCAUACUUCAUCAUAUCCGUAAAGGAGAGAAUCAGAUUCCGAUUUCUUAGUAACAGCAGCAUUAACUCUGACAUGAACGCGAACUUAUAUCAAGUUACGGCUACAUCGGCUCGUAAGAAACCCCGCAAAGGCUGCGAUUUGAAAAAUGAGUCCACCUGCGUUAUAUCCGAAGACGAAUACUGCUUCACCAGCGGAGUCGUUUGCGAUGGUAUCAAAAACUGUGGAGUAACUGACUGGUUCGACGAACGCAAAACGGAUUGCGAGCUGCCAGUGGAACGUAUUGGUUAUGCCCCCGUGGUAGCUGUGUUGGCAGUCCUUCUGUGCGCGACCCUGGCUGCCGGCCACUUGAUGAUGCGGUGGCUUCCACCCUUGGCAAACUCCUUCUUCAUUUUUAAUUCGAAUGAGGACAAUCGACUCAUCAUCGAACCAGUGUUCACCGCGCCCGACUUCGCACCAUAUGAGGUUCAAAGAGCAAAAAGGGCUUCCAUAAUACCGGUACCCAGUUCCUCAUCUGAAGAUACUUCAGAUGUCAAUGAAAUUGCUGAAAGUGUAGAGAUGAACAUUUUAGAAAAGAUUGAAGCGAUUCCUGAAGAUUUCCCUAAAGAUCGUAGCCUGAGUGAACCUGAAGAAAAACCUUUCCAUGGAAGAAAAAACACUAUUAGAGUGAUGACUGAACUGAUUCAACAACGUCUACGGUCUGUGGCGGGCAGACGUUGGAGCAAGACUUCCAAGAGACCCUCGACUACACCAGAUGUGUUGUAAUAACCCUUCUUUUGGCGCAGUCGGGUAAAAAAGGACAAAACCGAGAUGCCAAUCAAGACCAAUGAUGUCAU